AUGUCCAGAGCUAUCGAUAAACUUCCCGCUCCCGCAGAAAGCCGCUCGAUGAAAAUUAUUGGACUUGGUCCUAGCCGUACUGGAACCCUUGGUUUAUGGCAAGCACUGAAGACUUUGGGGUAUACCCCCUUCCACAUCUCAGAGCUCCUACCCUAUGGCUUUCAGCAGAUGAGAGCACUCCAGGAGGCUAUCAUUGCCAACGACAGCGACAAGCCAUUUCAACGAGCCGAGUUUGACAAACUCUUCGCCGGUUAUGAUUGCAUCGUCGAAAGUCCUUGCUAUCUUUGUCCAAACAUCAUCAAAGAGUACCUGGAAGACUCGGAUGUCAAGUUCAUCUUGACGGAGCGUACCCCGGAGUCAUGGGCCAAGUCAAUUGCGGGAUCCCUCGGAGCCUAUCAUGCAAAGCUAGCGAAGCCGCCUUUGUCAAUCGCCAGAUACUUUGACAGCUUUAUCUGGGAGCUUACUGCACUAUUCAGAGCCAUGACAUACAGAUGGUCUGGCGGCCUGGAGCCCAGUUCCCCUGGGUUCAAUGAAGCACUUUCCAAGAGCUAUGUUGAUUAUUUAGAGAGUGUGAAAGCUCUUGUGCCUUCUGACAGGCUUCUGAUCUUGAACCUUGAAAAGGGAUUUGGCUGGGAAGAGAUCUGCACGUUCCUAGGGAAAGACGUUCCCGAGGACCCUUACCCGCGCAUCAACGCCAUGUCCGACUUUCAUGUUGCCGCAGAGAUGGUGGUCUCUCCCGCAAUCAAGAAGACGAUGCGAAUUCUCACUUCGUCAGCGAUUGCUAUUGCUGGUGUUGGAAUUUGGUACUGGCAGAGAAAGAGGUAG